GUCUCAGUUAGUCUUUGCUUCUUUCCGAAAGUAUACGGUUAUUACUUAGAGAUGGCAACAAAAAUGGCCAGUAGUAGUGAGAAUGACUAUGAUACAGACAAAGAAAAGCAAGGGAAAGUGCAGGCCGUUAAGAAGAAAAAGAAAUUUGAGCAAAAGUUUUUGGACACUUGGUUGACAAGUCCUGUUUUCAAACCAUGGUUGAAGAAAAAGACAGUAGAGGGAAAACAUGUGCCGUUUUGUGAAGUAUGCAGUGUAAAACUUUCGUAUGCUAAAACUUCAUUAAUUCGUCAUAGUGAAACCAAGACCCAUAGUGAUAAUGCGAAAAGAAGUGCAAGUUUAGCAAAGUCUCAGCCCAGCAUCAGUGGUUAUAUGGGACCAUCAAUGGAUGCAGCAGCAAAAAUGGAAAUUAAGAUAUGUAGCUUCAUUGCUGAAAAUGAUAUGCCAAUCAGCAUGUGUGAAAAUUUCCUACCUUUCCUUCGAGAUUUGUUUCCAGCGGAUGAGGUUUUGAAGAAGGUAACUUUGGGAAAGCAAAAAGCUACCAAUAUCAUCAGGCAAGUGCUUGGUUUUCACUUUCUGAGAGAAAAUAUAGAGAAGCUUCAGCAACAUAGGUUUUCAGUUGUGAUAGAUGAAACAACUGACAAGUCAACUACAUCGCAAUUAGCAAUUUUGGGAACUUUUUUUGAUGCAAAUUCAUUUGAAAUGAAAUGUGUUUUUGUAGACCUCAUUGAAUUGCCCAACGGUAAAGCUGAUACUAUUUAUGGUAAAAUUAAGGCGUGCAUGACAUCCUGCAACAUCCCUAUGAUAAAUGUGAUUGGAUUUUGUGCCGAUACCUGUAAUGUCAUGUUUGGUAAACAUCAUUCUGUUUCCCAAUUAUUCAUCAAAGACUGUCCUUGGAUUUUACCAGUGAAAUGUUCAUGUCAUCUGAUACAUUUAUGCUCAUCCUAUGCUUCACAGAAAUUACCAAAAUCUUUGGAAGACCUUUGUAGGAACAUUUAUUCCCACUUCCACAUGUCUUCUCAGAGAAUAGAAGCCUUUCGAGAAUUCCAAGAUUUUUUCCAGGUGAAAAACACAAAAUUUUGAGAGCAGGUAGGACAAGAUGGUUAUCUUUGAAAAUGUGUGUGGAUCGCAUUUUAGAGCAAUAUGAACCGUUGAAACUUUAUUUCACUCAAGUAGGAUUAGAAGAUCCCACAUACACCAAUGAAAACAUUUUGAAAAGCUUGAAUAAUAAGUUCACUGAAGCUUAUUUAGAGUUUUUAUCUUUCAACCUCGGAAGGCUUGCAGCAUUCAAUUUGCUAUUUCAGAGUGAAAUGCCUCUGUUACAUCAACUUAGAAAAGAACUUACCUCUCUCAUUAUGAAUAUGUGUUCUGAUUUUAUGGAACUUAGCUAUGUGCGUGGUGCAGAUAUAAAGCGUAUUGAUCCAAGUAAUGAAAAAUAUCAUGUACCCUUAAAGAAGGUUUAUCUUGGAUUAAAGGGAUCAGCUACAAUUCGGAGUAUAGCAACAGAAAUGGGAGAAGAUCACAAUAUGGUUGUGUUGUUUUAUACACAUUGCAAAAAUUUCCUUGUCGAAUGUGUUAAACAAAUUCAAGGAAGAUUUGACGGAAUUGAAUAUUUUGACUUUUUAUCCUGCUUGUACCCUGAAGUUGCUUACAAUUUGAGUGUACCUAGUUUAACAUCCAUAGUGACACGAUUCCCAUAUAUGAGUGAUGACAUUAAUGCUCAGGAACUUGAUUUGGAAUGGCGACAGCAAGCUAUGAAUCCUAAACUUAGUGCCAACAUGAGCUUCAUGGAUUACUGGCAUGUCAUAUUUUAUGAAAAAAAUGUGACAGGAUCUCAUACAUAC